UGCGCUGGUAAACAUCAAUAGCGGUAGCCCUCGGGUGCUCGUCCCAUCGUCUCUCUCGUCACGAUCUUGUAGUUGAACGCCACUCAGGACAACGCGACAAUGGCGUCGGCUUCCCAGGAGCAUACUUCGCAGUACGACCGCAGUCUCUCGUCUUCCGCCCAUGGCGGCCAGGGCGAUAGCCGCGGAGGACCAUCGAAAGCCCCCGAAAGGCUGGGCGACGAUGCCUCUUUGGAAGAUCACGUUCGAGAGAAGGCGCCGGCCGCUGCCCUUCUCACGAAGAAGCAGAAGUUCAAGCACCAUUGCAAGCGGUUCUGGUGGGCGUACUUGAUAGGGUCCAUCCUCUUCCUCGCCGCAUUCCUGCCCAUCCUGUUCAAAGUGGUCAUUCCGGUAGCUGUGCAGCGAAUAAUCGACAACCAAGAGAUGCCCGUGUUGGGUGGCGCAUUCGUCGCCGUAUCGCCCACUCAACUCAACAUCUCUAUCACUAGCGUACUCGACUCAUCUCUACCGGCAAACGUUGACCCUGUGCAGCUGUAUAUGUACAACAAGGAGACCCCCGAGUUCUCGCCCUUCGUCAAUGUAACCCUUCCGGCGAUGCGCGUGCACGGGGAGACGAAUGUUGUUGUUACGGAUCAGACAGUUACAGUAACCAACGAGACGGAACUCGUCACCUGGUUCGGCGAGGUCUUCGACCAGCCGACGGUUACGCUCUCUACCCGGGGCGACGCGGAAGUUCGCUUAGGGGCGCUGCGUUCGACUGCGUCCAUCGACAAGACCAUCGAGGUGGCCUCGCUCGACAAGCUAAAAGGGUUCGGCAUCGAGCACAUCCAGCUCAUACACCCGGCGCUCGAGAACGGCACGAACAUCAGGGGGACGCUCAACCUGCCGAACUGGGGCGCGCUGACGCUCGGGAUCGGCGACCUCUCGCUCAACCUGAUGUCGGGCGACCUGCGGAUCGGGCUGAUCACCAUCUACGACGUGCUGAUCUCGCACGGCAACAACUCGCGCUACUUCGACGGGGAGCUGUACCUCGACGUGCUGGGGCGGAACUUCAUGACGGUGGUGCGGAACAACGCGGAGGCGCUCGGCGCGGGCAGCGUCCGCAUCGACGCGACGGGCAACGCGACCGUCGUCGACGGCCAGCACAUCGGCUUCAUCGAGGCCGUGCUCAACCGGCGGCGCGUCACGUCCCUGACGCCCGUCGUCCAGCUGCUCGGCGACCUCGUCGGCAGCCUCACUACCGGCAGCAGCGUGUCCAUCCCCGACCUGCUCGACGAGGUCCUCGGCAACACGACCCUCGUCGAGAACGCGCUGCGCCACUGGCCCGCCGCCAAGCUCGCCGCCGACCCGGCGAAGCGGUCCCUGCCCUCGCUGCAGAAGGACCUCCUUGGGCCUGGGAUGGAGCUGUUGAAGCUAAGGCUGAAGGCGAAGCUCGCGAGACUGUGAAGGGAAAGGAUGGGGGUGGUUGUCUGCGGAGCGUUGGUGGUAACGACGGACGACGAUAUUAUAGUUGGCGUCCGGUAAGGAU